AGUUCCGUUCUUAGUUCUUUAGUUGUUUUCCCGGCAACAAGACCAACUCAAAAACCCUAAUUUUCCAUCUCCACUGUUCACUGAAUUCAAGGCCAUCUCUCGCCUCCAACUCACUCCAACAUUUCCCAUCAGCAACCACCAUUGGUCAAAUCGAUUUGUCCUCGUUGAAAUUUCCAAUCCGUCUUCCUCAAUUUCAUUCUUCCGUUGUCUCAGAGUGUUUUUGUGUUUGAAGGUCCUUCAAUGGCGGAGGACCGGAGUGAGGCGAGUGAUUACAGUUCGGAGGACGAAGGAACCGAAGAUUACAGGCGUGGAGGGUACCAUGCGGUUCGGAUUGGUGACACUUUCAAGAAUGGGAGCUAUGUGGUGCAGAGCAAGCUUGGUUGGGGUCAUUUUUCCACUGUUUGGCUCGCUUGGGACACUCACAAAUCGCGAUUUGUUGCCUUAAAAAUUCAAAAGAGUGCUCAGCAUUACACUGAAGCGGCAAUGGAUGAAAUAAAGAUUCUUAAACAAAUUGCUGACGGGGAUCCAGAUGACAAGAAAUGUGUUGUAAAGCUUUUGGAUCACUUUAAGCAUUCAGGACCUAAUGGCCAACAUGUUUGUAUGGUUUUUGAAUUCCUUGGGGAUAAUCUUCUCACACUUAUCAAGUAUAGUGAUUAUCGAGGGGUUCCCCUUCCCAUGGUCAAGGAAAUUUGUUUCCAUAUUUUGGUGGGUUUGGAUUACUUGCAUCGUGAGCUUUCUGUAAUACACACUGAUUUGAAGCCUGAGAAUGUCUUGCUUUUGUCUCCAAUCGAUCCAUCUAAGGAUCCUAGAAAAUUAGGCAUUCCACUUAUCCUUCCAAACACGAAGGAUAAGACUGUGACCAAGAAUGGGGCAACAAUAGCAAAUAAAAGUUUGAAUGGAGAUCUGACCAAGAAUCAGAAAAAGAAAUUGCGGAAAAAGGCUAAAAAGGCUGCUCAAAGCUGUGCUGGGAGGGAAAAUGCUGAGGAAGCUGAGGAGGAUUCCAAAGCAUCUGAUGAGCAAGAUGAUUGUAGUAAUGAUGUGAAACCUAGUGUAGAAUCUGGUGAAGUUAAACCUAAUAGUCCUGUGAGGAAAGAUGAAUCAACAAAGACUUCUGAAAAUAAAGAUAUUCCACAAGGAAGUCAUGGUAAUAGGAGAGGUAGCCGCUCUACAAGAAAGAAGUUGCUUGCAGCUGUUGAUCUUAAGUGCAAGCUGGUUGAUUUUGGUAAUGCUUGUUGGACCUAUAAACAAUUCACAAAUGAUAUUCAGACAAGGCAGUAUAGGUGUCCUGAGGUACUUCUUGGAUCUAAAUAUUCAACUCCAGCAGAUCUGUGGUCCUUUGCUUGCAUUUGCUUUGAGCUUGCAUCUGGUGAUGUUCUUUUUGAUCCUCAUAGUGGUGACAACUAUGAUAGGGAUGAGGAUCAUCUGGCAUUGAUGAUGGAGCUUCUUGGGAUGAUGCCUCGCAAGAUUGCACUUGGUGGACGCUAUUCCCGAGAUUUUUUUAAUAGAUAUGGCGAUUUGAGGCACAUUCGUCGGUUGCGUUUCUGGCCUCUUAAUAAGGUGCUGACGGAGAAGUAUGAUUUCAGUGAUCAAGAAGCAAAUAACAUGACCGACUUCCUUCUUCCAUUACUUGAUUUUGUCCCUGAAAAGAGGCCAACUGCUGCUCAAUGCCUUCAGCAUCCUUGGUUCAGUGCAGGUCCCUUCACUCUCGAGCCCUCAUUGACUGCUGUGAAGCAAGAUGAUGCUAUUGAAGGGGAAAUAUCUGAAAAAAUGCAGAGGGAAAAGGCUGAGCAGGAGGCUGUGGAAGUUGGCAUGGGGAAUAUGGCCAUAGAUGGAAAUCCAAAGCCACUCAAAGAGUUCCAAUCUAUGAAGCCAUCAGAAUAGACGCAAAUUGGCUUAUUUGGAUUGGGGUAUACCACCUGUUUUUGUUUAUAUGGCAAUCAUGGAUGGUCCUUGGAGCGUGAUAUUAUAUUUAACUGUUAUAUUAAGCAUUGCAUGCAGCAUAGGUCAUACAUGAGGUUGUCAUUUGGGAAGCCUUUUGUAAGGAAGCUAAAUCACCUAUUACAGAACUUAAUGUCUAAAAGAUAGCUUCCUUCACAUUCAGUAGAAAGCACACUGAUGUAAGCACUUUUUUUUUCUUCUCUUUUUGGAGAAUUUGUUUGAGGCUUCCCCCUAGCCCUAGGUUAGAUUUUCAUCUUUUCAGAACUGCUAUAUUUGAGGGGCUCGUAAUGUACAUUUGAAUGAGUUAUUAUUUUUUUAUGUAUCAAUAUCAGAUUUUGUUGCUGUAGACUUUAUCAACUGCA